UUCUCUCCUUCUUCUCUGUCCCUCUUCUUGGUCUUCUCCAUCAUCAUCAUCAUCAUCCUCUAUCUCUCCAAAUGUCUCAAAUCUCCAUAACCUCUCCAAAACAUUGUGCCAAGAAAGGAGGGAUUAACAUCAACAAUCGCCACAAGAAACUCUUUUUCACAUUCUCAACUUUCUUCACCGGUCUCCUCAUCGUCAUCUUCCUCGUUUGGCUCAUCCUCCACCCCGAGAAACCCGAGUUCUCCCUCACGGAAGCCGAUAUAUACAGCCUCAACCUCACCUCCUCCUCCACUCAUCUCCUCAACUCUUCAAUCCAACUCACUCUCUUCUCCAAAAACCCUAACAAAAAAGUUGGUAUCUACUACGACAAGCUACUCGUAUACGCAGCGUAUAGGGGACAACAAAUCACAUCGGAGGCUUCUCUACCGCCUUUUUAUCAAUCCCAUGAAGAAAUCAAUCUCUUGACAGCGUUUCUUCAAGGGACUGAGCUACCCGUUGCUCAGUCCUUUGGUUAUCAAAUCAGUCGUGAUCGGUCAACUGGUAAAAUAAUCAUCGGUUUGAAAAUGGAUGGGAAGCUACGGUGGAAGAUCGGAACAUGGGUCUCUGGCGCAUACCGGUUUAAUGUGAAUUGUCUUGCAAUUGUGGCUUUUGGACAGAACAUGACCACUCCUCCAUUAGCUUCAAUACAAGGGACUCGUUGCUCUACAACUAUAUGAGAUUAUAUAAUAUCAUCAACCACAUAUACACUAUAGUUUCUUUCACUUAUGCGCAAUCGUUCUUUCUGUCGAUGUUUGUGUGCUGGUAUUUAGUACUUCUUGUAAAGUUACAUUGAACUGUUUGUAUAGAAUUAUUUGAAUGUAAAAUACCAAAACCAGAGCAUAACCAUCGUUAAAAGCAGAGGAUAAAUGAAUUGGCAUUUA